AUGAAGGUCACUGCGUGGGAUGCAGAUGACCCUACGUACGGGAGCAGUGCCAGGGUGGUGUACAGCGUGCUGGACGGAGAGAGGUUCUUUACCGUGGACAGACAGACUGGUAAGGGCAGACUCCUGGCAUGACCAGACAGAGUCACAGACUUGUAGUAUUACUUAUAGUAAUAUUAUGUGUAUACUAUGUAUUCCUUGUGGUAAUACUUGUAUCCUACAAGUAUUGAAAUACGUAAGUACCAACCCCAUGCUUUAUACAAGGAAAUAAUAAUCUAUCAACAAAUAGUGAGUUGAUAUAUUUCUUGUCUCAAACCUCAUAUUUCUCAACAUAUAAGGGUGCAUAUUGAAAUGAAAAGAGUUACCAUUAAAUCUCUGAAGUGUUAUAUUACUGUCUGUCCGGAUGCAGGUUCUCUAAUUGUCUCUCUCAGUCAGCACAUUUGGGUGAAUUCCCUCUUCGUCUGAGGGCCUGUACGUGGGCUUGAAUCGUAGUCUCUCAGGCAUAUCCCAAGGUUUGUGUUGCCUGCAAAUGUCCCCCUGGGAGUAGCACUAAACUUUUAAUGAUUCCUUUUUUGGUCUCCCCACUUUGAUUCAGUUGGCCCUAGUGCCUAGAUGAUAAAUGGCCCUGCCUCGGCAACGUUGGCCUGGAGACUCGCAGAUCUUCCCGUCUCCUCCGCCCCUCUCCUUUUUUUAUGCACAUGAACCAUUCAAAUAGGUGCAGAUGUAAGAGGUCAUCAAGAGAACAGAACAGCUGUGAAUGUCCCCUCAUUAAUGUCGCCCCAGUCAUUCAAGAGUGUUAAUCCUUCACUAUCUUCAUCUCCUUUCCGGAUCCAUGACCAGAAUAUGAUCAAUGGCCAAUGUCUGAGGGAUUUUUCGAAAGUAGCAGUUCUUAAGAAACUGUAUAUCAUUUUAAUAUAUUUGAAUUUCAGCGUGGUAUUUGGUAUUGAAGUUCAAGUGAGCUUCUUCUCAGGAUGAAAGCCUAAGGAUUCUAUUAAAUUAUAUUCCACACAUUUCUAAGAAAGAGACAUAACUACUUGGCACUCUGCUCUCAGACACGGUCAUAAAAAAACGAAACAAUUAACAGGCAAAUGCACAGGACUCAUAGUCAUUGACAACUGAUGUGCAAUAUAUAGUAUGCUAUGAAUGAGAUCCCAUUUCCAGCAUGUUACAAAUGUUAGCAGUCAAGAAACAUUUGAUUGAGUGGAAUGAGUUCUUACUAAGAAAGAGCUGAUGCAAAAAGCAUAAUUUCUGAUGUCCCCCAUGCCAUUGGUUAUUGAAAGCUAUUAUUGUGUGCCUCCAUAUACCACAACUGAAUUUGACUAUGUACUGUAUGCUGACAUACAAACAUUGCCUGCAGCUACCUGAUGCUAAAUGUGAGUGCAAUCUCUAAGUUGUGUGUCUAGCUGAGAAGCACAAUGCAAGGCACUGGGAGAGAUGCCAUCAACAAUAUAAUUUGAUGUGGAUAUCCCACCAGGGAAUGUAUUUAUAUAUAUUUUUAACCUUUAUUUAACUAGGCAAGUCAGUUAAGAACAAAUUCUUAUUUACAAUGACGGCCUACCCCGGCCAAACCCGGACGACGCUGGGCCAAUUGUGCGCCACCCUAUGGGUCUGUAGUGACGCCUCAAGCACUGAGAUGCAGUGCCUUAGACCGCUGCGCCACUCGGGAGCCCAUGAGAGGGAUAUGCAGUGCCAUUAUAUCAAUCAGAACAAAUGUGAGAUUAAGACAAUUCAAAGUCUUAUCAGUGACAAAAUAUUGUAUAUUUAUUCAUACUGGUAUGAAAUGGAAGGGGGCCACCAAAGUUCAGUAAUUUUUUUUAAUCCACUUCUAACUGUAGUUACUUCAGUAGAAAUAUAAACCUGGCUAAACACAGCAGUAGGUCUGUCUUGAAGUACUCCAAGGGCAUUGUUAAAGCGUCUGAACAAAAUGCUCACUGGAGUAGGAUUAAGACAACUCAUGAGAUUGUUUUGGUUCUCUCUCUUAAAUCCACUCCUCUCCGACUGCCAGCGAAAGACGUGCACAAGCUUUUUCGCCGGAACUGUUUUCAUAAGCCUCAUUCUUCAAUGGUGUGUGCCUUCAUUUUGGCCCUAUAUAUUAUGAAUUUUAAUACAGCUCAGCCGUAAUGAUAUAAGCAUGGAGCCACGGAUGUGACACAAUCUACUCUAACAAGACGAGCCGAGAGGGUGAACUGGAAUGUACCGCACUUGUGCCUCUAAUAGGCUGAGUUUACACAGGAGUUUACAUUUCCGCAAAUUGGUCUUUUGACCAAUCACAUCAGAUCUUUUCACAUCAGGUCUUUUUCAGAGCUGAUCUGAUAUGUCAAAAGACCUAUUAUUGGAAAAAAAACUCGUAGCGGGCUAUCGUAUAUGAGAGCUUAGAGCUAACUUCACCUUUCCCUUUGGAUCUCUCUCUCUCUCUCUGUCUCUGUCUCUGUCUCUCUCUCUCUCUCUCUCUCUCUCUCUCUCUCUCUCUCUCUCUCUCUCUCUCUGUCUCUCUCUGUCUCUCUCUCUCUGUCUCUCUCUCUCUCUCUCUCUCUCUCUCAUCAGGACUGAUUCGGACGGCUGUGGCGGAUCUGGACCGGGAGACGCAGGAUCGCUAUGAGCUGGUUGUCAUGGCAACCGACAUGGCGGGCCAAAUGGGCGGUCUUUCCGGCUCCACCACAGUGACCAUAGUGAUCACAGAUGUUAAUGACAACCCGCCACGCUUUCCGCAGAGUGAGUCACUCUCACAUUGAGUGGUGGAAUGAGAUAGAUGGUGCACUUACACCCGUCAGUAAUAGAAGUAUCGGCCUACAUGGAGUGGUCAGAAGCACUCUGAGAAAAUAAUUUCACUUAUAUUUAUCCACAGGUCAAACACUCCGCUAAGAAGGGUUUCCGUAUGUCUGCAUAUGAUGGAGCCCAUUUAGAUGGAGCCGAUUUAACAAUUUUUACAUUACAGUGGUAUGGAUUUAUGUUGGUGACAUCUGUUAUUUAUCAGCUGGAGAAAGCCAUAAUGGAAUAAUGUUAUGGUCAAUAUAUAGGGUCCUGUUUGAAUACUAGAAGAGUAGAGUGUUUAUUUUCUCUGGGGGGGGCAAUUCAUUUUGCAGCAUGUAGUAAAAACACAUUGAACACAUGACAAUAAAUAUACAUGAAAACAAUGCAUACAGCAAUAUGUACACAGCUAACAAUAACAGUACAUCUUAUUGAGAAAGCUGAUAGCAGCUGCCUUUAGUUUACACCUAUUAGUUUUCAACGUGGGGAGUCUGUACCUGCGAUCUGAGGGAAGCAACAUCAAUUCAUCAAACAAGGGAUGCUGGGAGUCCCUCAGAAUGGAUUGCACCUUGAAUAUGACUGGUGUCUGAUACUGCAGGUCAGAAAGGUCAGUUAAUGUCACGAUCGUCGUAAGAAGCGGACCAAGGCGCAGCGUGAGAAGCGUACAUUAUUUUAUUGAAUGUACAACACGAACAAAAACAAUAAACGAUACGUGAAGUCCUAGGUUAAACACAAACCUUACGGAUCAAGAUCCCACAAAACAAAAGUGCCAACAGGCUGCCUAAGUAUGGUUCCCAAUCAGAGACAACAAGCAACAGCUGCCUCUGAUUGGGAACCACCCUGGCCAACAUAGAAAUACGUGAACUAGAACACCCAUAGACAACUAAACAUAACAAGUCCACACCCUGGCUCAACAUUUAAGAGUCCCCAGAGCCAGGGCGUGACAGUUAAGUUCAUGAUCCAGCUACUUUGUUGCACAAUGUUACCCAGCCUGUUCUUACUGUUUAAGUUUAGAUUGUGAAAACAGCAGAUCAUAUUGAAUGUUAAAAUGGAUGCAUUACUACAGAAAUGCAUGUUUCCUUCCUGCCUUUCUUGAAGCGCUUACAGAUCUGGAUGAAAGUAAUAGGUUGGUGACCUUGCUUACUCUUAUCCAAUCAUUUAGAUCUGUGCUUAGCUCAAGGAAAUAAGGAAGGAAGGAUGCAUGUCUAAAGUAUUUCAUCAGGGCCUUGGAAAAAUACAAAGGCUGCAAAAAUGCCCUGUAAAUGUUUAGAAUUGUUUAGAAAUGUGCUCUUUUGUAUACCAUCUGCAUAUAAUUAGCUCAUAUCGAAUGACAGAAAAAGGUACUUCCUGUUAAGACUCCAGACUAUAUAGCCUGUGAAUAGCAGUGUUUUUGCUAUUUCCCACUUUUCCUCUCCCACUUUUGUGAGAUAAACAACAAUACUUUUUAUUAAAGCUAAGAGAACUCAGUCUAAAUUCAAGUGUCGUGACGCUCCAGUCGCUUCAUCUCACAUAAUCUGAUUUAGUUUCCUGGCUGUCUCUCUUCUAUAACUUCCUAGCGCUUUCAAAAUACUGUCUGCGGUUCGAGGAUACAUAGUUUUAUUAGAAAAGAACGGGGUAGUGCGACAUGUGCAGCUGUUUUAUUUAUGUGUCCUACAGGGUUGGGGUCAAUUCCAUUUCAAUUUCCUUCAUUCAGGAAAAACUGAAAUUCCAAUUACAAUUAAAUAUUUUCAUAGAGAAUCAUUGAGGAAAAUUGGAAUUGGAAUUUCAGUUUUGAAUUGACUGAAUUGAAAUGUAAUUGACCCCUGCGCUGAUAUCUCACACAAAAUGUGGCUUUGUGCUGUGGAAGUGCUGUGUCAACAAAAAGUAGAUUAGAAAGUAUAUUUUUGAAAUUUUACAGGAGAGUAUUGAAAGAGUAAGCGUAAAACCUUCCAUACAUACACUACCGGUCAAAAGUUUUAGAACACCUACUAAUUUUAAGGGUUUUUCUUUAUAAUAGUGAAGACAUCAAAACUAUGAAAUAACACAUAUGGAAGUGUUAAACAAAUCAAAAUAUAUUUUAUAUUUGAGAUUCUUCAAAUAGCCACCAUUUGCCUUGAUGACAGCUUUGCACACUCUUGGCAUUCUCUCAACCAGCUUCACCUGGAAUGCUUUUCCAACAGUCUUGAAGGAGUUCCCACAUAUGCUGAGUACUUGUUGGCUGCUUUUCCUUCACUCUGCGGUCCGGCUCAUCCCAAACCAUCUCAAUUUGGUUGAGGUCAGGUCAUCUGAUGCAGCACUUCAUAACUCUCCUUCUUGGUCAAAUAGCGCUUACACAGCCUGGAGGUGUGUUGGGUCAUUGUCCUGUUGAAAAACAAAUGAUAGUCCCACUAAGUCCAAACCAGAUGGGAUGGCACAUCGCUGCAGAAUGCUGUGGUAGCCAUGCUGGUUAAGUGUGCCUUGAAUUCUAAAUAAAUCACAGACAGUGUCACCAGCAAAGCACCCCCACACCAUAACACCUCCUCCAUGCUUUACUGUGGGAAAUACACAUGUGGAGAUCAUCCGUUCACCCACACCACGUCUCACAAAGAUACGGCGGUUGGAAACAAAAAUAUUCCAUUUGGACUCCAGACCAAAGGACACAUUUCCAACUGUCUAAUGUCCAUUGCUUGUGUUUCGUGGCCCAAGCAAGUCUCUUCUUAUUAUUGGUGUCCUUUAGUAGUGGUUUCUUUGCAGCAAUUCGACCAUGAAGGCCUGAUUCACACAGUCUCCUCUGAACAGUUGAUGUUGAGAUGUGUCUGUUACUUGAACUCUGUGAAGCAUUUAUUUGGGCUGCAAUUUCUGAGGCUGGUAACUCUAAUUAACAUAUCCUCUGCAGCAGAGAUAACUCUGGGUCUUCCAUUCCUGUGGCGGUCCUCAUGAGAGCCUGUUUCAUCAUAGCGCUUGAUGGUUUUUGCCACUGCACUUGAAGAAACUUUCAAAGUUCUUGAAAUGUUCCGUAUUGACUGGCCUUCAUGUCUUAAAGUAAUGAUGGACUGUCAUUUCUCUUUGCUUAUUUGAGCUGUUCUUGCCAUAAUAUGGACUUGGUAUUUUACCAAAUAGGGUUAUCUUCUGUAUACCCCCCUCUACCUUGUCACAACACAACUGAUUGGCUCAAACGCAUUAAGAAGGAAAGAAAUUCCACAAAUUAACUUUUAACAAGGCACACCUGUUAAUUGAAGCUGGUUGAGAGAAUGCCAAGAGUGUGCAAAGCUGUCAUCAAGGCAAAGGGUGGUUAUUUGAAGAAUCUGAAAUAUAAAAUAUAUUUUGAUUUGUUUAACACUUUUUUGGUUACUACAUGAUUCCAUAUGUGUUAUUUUAUAGUUAUGAUGUCUUCACUAUUAUUCAACAAUGUAGAAAAUAGUAAAAAUAAAGAAAAAUCCUUGAAUAAGUAGGUGUUCUAAAACUUUUGACUGGUAGUGUAGUGACAGUACGCUCCAUGCCCUGCCAAUGAUCACCCGGGGUCAGCAUCUCUACCAGACAUGGUUAACAUAAACGCAUAAUGCCUUGGUCUAUCCUGAGCAAAGAUCCAGUGCAUUACUUAAAGGGAAUGCUGAGUGGCAAUGGGGUUAUGGGUCAAGCAUUGGGGGCGGAUUGAUGCAUGAGCCACUAAGUUGUCUGUACAGAAUAAAGAUCCUGGGUGAAUUCUAUAUUUGCUGAAUUUUCUUGGCAAUGGGAAGAGUGCUCAUACAUACAGUAAAUGGUGGGCUUGUAUGUAUUGAAUGCAUUUGUCCUUCUUCAUCUUCCUCCUCUUCCUCCUCCUUCUCAUCUUCAUCCUCCUCCUCCUCUUCCUCUUCCUUCUCUUCUUCAUCCUCCUCCUCCUCCUCUUCCUCCUCCUUCUCUUCUUCAUCCUCCUCCUCUUUCUCCUCUUCCUCACCCUUCUCCUAUUCUUCAUCCUCCACCCUCCUGUCCUCUUUCGCUUCACCCUCUUCCAUCUUCUCUCCUCCUCUCCCUCCACCCUCCUCCCACUCCACCUCUUCCCCAUUCCUCUCCUUCAGAGAUGUACCAGUUUUCGGUGUCUGAGGGGGCGGCCGUGGGGACGCCGGUGGGGAGGGUGAUCGCCACAGAUGCAGACAUGGGGGAGAACACGGACAUGAGCUACCUGAUCAAAGACGAGGAGGGCGGGGAACUCUUCAGGGUCACGACCGAUGGAGACACGCAGGAGGCCGUCAUCACCAUCAAAAAGGUGGGAGUAGAAUAAAGCUGAUCUGAGAUCAGUUUGGUUUUGGGGGCAGCGAUAUCCUAGAGGUUAGAAAAGCUGGCCAGCAACCGGAGUGUUGCCGGUUCAAAUCCCAGUGCUGAUGGGGUGAAAAAAAAUCGGGCAGGAGUGAGCCUACAACUGGAGGGCUAAUGGCAUUAAUAUCUCAGGUGCCACCUACCGCUGAUCUUUCCUUGA